AUGACACUUCGUGGAGAUCUCCGGGUCGCGGGUCACCGCAAGGUGGUGGGGCAGGAGGAAGCGGAGAUCGACAUCCUUGGGGAUGACGAACAAGGGGAAGAAGAGGAGGAGGAGUCCGAUGGCCAAAGGCGGCGGGGUCUGUACUUUGUCAGCGGGAGACGGGACAGAGGCAAGGCGAGGACAGGAGAGGCAGAACACUGCGAGACAGACGGCUCGGUGGAUUCUGAGAGUUGCGAGGUAUGUCCCGGCAUGAGCGCCAAGCCCAAGGCGAACCUGGCCAAACCUCCCUACUCAUACAUCGCGCUCAUCACCAUGGCCAUCCUGCAAAGCCCCCAGAAGAAACUCACCCUGAGCGGCAUAUGCGAGUUCAUCAGCAGCCGCUUCCCUUACUAUCGGGAGAAGUUCCCCGCCUGGCAGAACUCCAUCCGGCACAACCUGUCCCUCAAUGACUGUUUCAUCAAAAUACCCCGUGAGCCCGGCAACCCCGGCAAGGGCAACUACUGGACUUUGGAUCCGGCAUCUGAGGACAUGUUCGACAACGGCAGCUUCCUCCGCCGGAGGAAACGUUUCAAGAGGUACCAGCACCGAGAGGCCGAGCUGGCGAAGGAGCGCGGCGCAUUGUUCCUCUAUCACAAUAUCACCUGUUACGGCCGCCCUUACCUUCUACAGCCGCAGGCAGCCUUUCAUCACUCCCCCUUCGGCUUCACCCCCGAGACUGCAGUCCUCUCCAGCCCCGCUCAAAGCCUACCCGACUCUCGCCUCAGCAGGAAGCUUCAGCACGCCCAGCCCAGCAGCGCUGCCCGCCAGGCACACCUUCAAGUCGCGGGUUCGAAGCCCGGCUCCGACAUCUCCGGCCGCCCUUCCUUCAGCAUCGAAGACAUCAUUGGAAGUUCAACUGUCCAACCGUGCACGCUGCAUCCCUGCUCAAAUUCUCAGACCCGGCCUGACUAUUGUAGCCUUCUUCAAUCAGCCCCUUGCCUGCUGGCUACAGUUUUAAACAUGUCCACAAGGACAGCCUAUGGCCACUUGAACAGUCCUCGGCGCCACGCUCUCAACCACGAAACAGCGCCCGCUCUGAAAUUGCACUCAGCAGCAGUCUGUGCCGUCCCUGAGUGUCGGACAAUCCAGCGUUAA